UUCGCUCUGAGCGAGUGGUCUUGAUUUCGGUCGGUAGUUGCCACAAACCCCCUUAUGACAAGCGUUAAGGAAUUGGGGCUUGGCUUUGCCCUCUUAAGUAUAUUUUUAAUACUUGCCGCUUUGGGAAGUGCGUGCAUGAGCCUGCAUGCACAUGAAUCAGACGACGUCACGCCUUGGAUGUGGAUUGGAACGUAUUCGACGUAUAUAUUUCUCAAUGUGUUUCUCUUUGCGCGCCUGAUAAAGAACGAUCUUAAUGUCAUCAUAUUGUGGUUCCCUUUAACGAUAGUUUUGUUUCUGUUCAGGCUAUUUUGCAUUGACAAAUACCAAUAUGGGCCAUUCUAUAUACUUACCAACUCUUUUAUGGGCGCUUCCCUUGUUAUAAUGCCAGUAGUUUACUUUAUACUAAGAAGAAAGAAAUCUAAUGAAAUGGCCAGGCCAGUUCCGCAAACGGUUAGCAGCAACUCGACAACAAUUCGAACAGGAGCAAGGACCAAGCCGGCUAGAUCAUUUAUACCUACGGUAAGCAGACCAAGCCGCUGGAGAGAAAAUCAAUAUUACGCUGAACCGAUGGAAAACCGAGCAAGGCACGAAUACCCCCGCUUGGGUUGGCUACCUGAUCUCUACCUAGACUCGAAUGUGCCCUUUACGCUGGGCACAGCACCUGAACCAAACACUUCUGCUUCAGGUGAUAAUCAGUGCAAUAGUUUCGAUUUUAAUUGCCGCGAUGACAAUGUUAAGGAAAACUGCUGCGAUAAGGAUAAUUGCUGCGAUAAGGAUAAUUGCUGCGAUAACGGUGCCGAUGGAGGUGGCGGCUGUGACGAUGGCGGCGGCGCAGAUUAUAGUGGAGGCGGGGACUACGGAGGUGGUGGCGGAGAUUAUGAUGGUGGUGGCGGGGACUGCGAUUGCGGAGGCGGCAACGAUGAUUAGAGUAGAAUGUGGAACUCGAAUAACACUCGAAUAUUAACUAAAUCUCGGAAGUGUUUACUUCAAACAAAUAGUCAAGUAUUUAUAUUUAUAUUUUUAGUUUUUAACAAUGAAACAUUGUGCCUUAAAUAGUUACCGAUAGACUGGUUAAUAUCCAUGAAUACUCAACAAGCCAAAUAAUAUGCCUAAGAUGCAUUUUUGUAGCUUUAUAAUAUUUACAAUAUUUUUGCUUUAGCAAACCACAAACGUCGUAAUUUUUGUUAAGUUUGUUUAACAAAUAUAUUCAAUGUAUUCGUUAUAGAUAUUUUCAUUGAUUUAGCCGCAUUGUGAGGGCAUUUGCUUGUCGGCGCGCUGCCAAUCGCAUUCUUGCAGUAUUUGUUGCCUUCAAUGUGAAUAUGGGUUCCACAGCACGUGCUGGCCGCCCUCUCUCUCCCUCUCUCUCUCGCUCUUUCUCUGUGUUUUCUCUCAGGUGCUCUCUCGCACGGCUGACCAAGCAACACGGUCGCCAGUCUACGCUAAACGCUCGUUCUGGGCGAGCGGUCUUGAACUUGGUCGGUGGCGAUUAUUAGAGUACAAAGUGGAAUAUAUAGCUCGUUAAAUAUUUAAGUGAUUACUUUAAGACUACAAAUGACAAACAUCGCUAAUUGCAUUGUUCUUUAAGCAAUCAGGGUUUGACUGUAGGCAAGAAACACAAGAGGCUGAGCGAUACGCCUUAAAAGAAUAUUGCAUAUGCCAUAUCUUUAAUUUUAUCUUGAAAUAUAGUCACAUAUAUUAUGUUGUCAUAUAACUUAGUAUAAACAUAUAUGUGUUUGUUAAGUUAAGUCUUUAAUGUGUCUAGUUUAAUUUGUUUGUUUUGUAAACUUUUUGUUGUUUUAUAAAUAUAAAUAGCUGAUAAUUUAGAACGUUUAAUUUGUGCAAUUUAAAUGGGUUCCACAGGCCCGAUGCCGCUCUCUUCUCUGUCUCUGGCUCUGGCUCUGACGCGCUCUUCUCUCGCGCUCUCUCGCCUUAACCUAUCUAACCUAACCAUUUGAUCGCCAGUCUACUUUGAACCCUCGUUACGGGCGAGUGAUCUCGAGAUUGAUCUAGAAUUGUUUAUCGCCAAACUGGAAGCUCUCAUAUGGCAGCCACGAAUUUGGGAUUUGGCAUCGUCUUGUUAAAUGUCAUAUGGACACUUUACGAUAUUGGCAGUGCCAGCUUCAGUCUGUACACAGAUGAAUUAGACCUAUCUUUUAAUGCCAGACACGACGGCUUGGCUGUGGAUUGGAGCGUAUUCGCUCAAUUUAUUUCUCAAUGUGUUUCUCUUUGUGCGGCUGCCAAAGAGCGACCUUUUGGCCAUCCAAUCGUGGUUCUCUUUUACGAUUGUUUUGCUGCUGUUGAGGGUGCUUUGCAUUGACUUUAUGGAACUGUCUAACUACGAACUGUAUCCCUAUAUAGUUAUCAAUGUUUAUAUAUUCGUAUCACUUAUUGUAAUGGCAAUAGUUUAUGUCAAAGUAAGGGGUAACAAAUCCUAUAAGCCGCCCAAACAAGUCCUGCAAACCGUCAACUACAUACUGACAACAAAUCAAACAGUUAAGAGGACCAAGCCCGCCAGGAUAAAUGCACCGGUGAUAAGCAGACCAUUUGUCGGACGAGCCAAUCGGAAUAGCAUUGCACGACUGGAAGGCGGAACGUGGCAUGAAACUCCGCAUCCUGAUCAUAGCCUCAACUCGAGUGCGUCAUUUAACAAUUUUAUGCUCAGCGCACUUCAGACAAGCUCCUCUGCAGGUGAUAGCAGCUGUUUUGAGAAUGUCGUCGGUGGCGGCAACGGCGGAGGUGUGAACCGUAGUUCUGGGGAGGGAGAUGAGGAUAGUGGAGGCGGGCACUACGAUUGUGAUUAGAUAAUAAUGUGGAAUGGAAUGUGAAAAUCAACAAAAACAAUACUCGAAUAGUGCUUCAAACUCGGAAGUGUUUCGCUUCAAAAACAAACAUGGAAGCAACUAUGAUUGCAUUUAUACACAAAAGUCACCGACAGACUAUUCAAUAUUCUAAGAAACUCAACCAGCCUCGAAGAAAUUUUAUAAAAUUUUAUAUUGAUUGAAGUAUUCAAAAAACAAAACAAACAAAAAGGAC